CGACAAAGUACCAGCCAUCACACACCCACCCUGUCCAAAUAAUCCACACAACCAAUCCGUCAAAAUGGCCAAGGAAGUCAGCGACAUCAAGAAGUUCAUCGAGAUCUGCCGGCGCAAGGACGCUUCCUCCGCCCGGAUCAAGAAGAACAAGAAGGCCUCCCUGAUCAAGUUCAAGGUCCGAUGCUCGAAGCACCUCUACACCCUGGCCCUGAAGGACACCGAGAAGGCCGAGAAGCUCAAGCAGUCUCUUCCUCCCAACCUGCAGAUCAAGGAGGUGUCCAAGCGUGAGCGCAAGGCCAAGUCCGCUUAAGUCAGUUUCGCGCGGCUAGGUGUGGUUUCAACGGUUGAUGACAUUUUCUUGCGAGAGUUUUGAGCAAGCAAUACACGAUGGCAACACUGUCAAAAGGCAAGGGCCAUCACGUCCACGUUUCGGACGGAGGGGACUCAGUAUUGGGCGUCUAGGGAAUACCUUGCAAUUGAAGCUCACGGAAGCCAGAAACGGCUGUCUCAAG